CCGGGUAGUGAACGCUGCGAGGCUCAGCUGUGACGAUGCAGGAGUGAAGUAUCCUCGCCAUGACGACUCCAGCUGUUCAUAACCUGCAGGACGAGCUCUUGUUGGUGGAGCGAGUGUUUCUUCGUAUUGGCUCAGCAGCAACUGAUGAUGUGUUGCAGGAGGAAUUACUCAAGUUCCUCUCUCCUGUGAUCCUUAAACUGGCCUCGCCACAUGAGCCUGUGCGGAAGAAGGUGAUGGAAUUGUUGAUUCAUGUGAACCGUAGAGUUAAAGAUCAUGAAAGUAUCCAGCUGCCUGUUGAGGCUCUCCUGGUCCAGUAUCAGGAUCCCGGUGCUACAGCAUUUGUCACAAAUUUCUCGAUUAUUUAUAUUAAAAUGGGGUAUCCAAGGCUGGACAUCAACAAGCAGGUGGAGCUCCUGCCAUCCAUGCUCAACAGUCUUGAGGGGAAGCCCGCCCAGCACCAAGACAGUCUGCUGCUGUUGAUGGUACCAGUGUUUGGCCACAUGAAGAUCCCAGAGACGGCAGAGAAAACAGCCUCGUUGUUUGGACUGAGGGAGAGGCCAGGCAUUGCUAAGUUGUUACUUGACUUUAUGUUGGACAUCUUGCUGCUCCCAUAUGGUGCUACACCAUUGUCUCAGCAACGAGUGAAUGAAGGAGCACAGGACAACUCAGAUGGCCCACCUGUUCCUGGUGUGCCAGCAGGGAUGAGUAUUCAUGGCUUUAAGCGAGUAAUGGGAGAAACAACACCAAAACCAGAAGAUUUGGAGAAACUCAAAGUGUCAGUUAUUAAAUUCUUGAGUUCUGAGGUACUGCCACCACUCUCUGUGGUCUUGCAGUUAAUAGUGGGAGCAGCAGAUACAAGAUUUUCUGUUGCUAAUGCUGCUGAUCUACAGCUGAAAAGAAUAGAUGGCAGUGUGGAUUGGAACAGCAGUGCAGUAAUUGCACCAGUAUAUGUUCUCUUUCUGGGCACACUAAUGCCAAAAGAUAAAACGCCUGUGGACAAGUUUAAAAAUCCGGCAAACACGAGAAUUCGCCUAAAACUUAUGCCGUACCUUUUGAAGUCCAAAGAAGCAUGUAACUAUGCCCCACUUGCUCUGAAGGUGUUUUUUGAAUGCUUAUGGGGUCAGAAUUCUAAUACAAAACUGAAGCAACAGGGUGUGACUUUUCUGCAUCACAUUGCUUUUAAUGCUAUCAAAGAGAAGUUGGCUCCUGUGGGAAGUGUCCUCUUUGGUGGAGUUGUUAAGGUUAUUGAAGAAGAGAAGUGUGAUGCAAGGCUAAGAUCUUUAGCAUAUGGUGCUUUAGCAAAACUCUCAGUUAAACUUCCCAACCUUUUGCUAUCACAUCAUUCACAGCUUCAUUAUCUGCAGACUCUCAUGAAUGCACUCACGCAGGAGGAGGGGGACGUGUUACUGUCGGUGCAGGAGGCUCUGUCAAUGGUGGCACCUGUUUGUAAACAGUUGAAUCCCUCUAGCCAGGAUGAGCUGUGUAUCCUCCUGUCUGAUCACGUGUUACAUCAUAAUCCCCAGCUAAGACGCACGGCCGUCCAUUAUGCUGCCUCUGUGUUUCCUCCUGAUCAUGUGCCUUCUAGGUUCAUUCUCAUGGUGGCCACAGGAGAUAACCAUGAUGACAUCCGUAUAGAAUCAAGAAGACAAUUAUAUAAGGCAAUUAAAGAAGCCAAAGAUGGAACCCCAACAUACCAAGCACCACCAUUCUCAGCUGUCAUUGGCUAUGUCCUAGAACGUGUAGACUCUCUGCCAAAAAGUAAAUGGCACGAUGUUGCUAACCAGCCAGUGCCAUUUUCUCUGCCGGUAAUGGAGCAGAUGCUUAAAUACUUGGAACAUUGUCUGGAGGUGGAGGCGGGCAAUCAUAGUGGGAAGGAACAGGGGCUGUUUUGGUCUGAUCCACCGACUGUAGGGAAACUGGUACACAAGAUAGUGGAGGAACACCAAAGGAAACUGGCUUCAGGAGCUAAAAUAAAACCUCAAAACCCAUUCAUGAGAUAUGUUGGGUUUGCUGAAUUAGCUGCCAAUGCUUGGUCUGCUUCUGCCUUGGAAUCUAUCUUAAGAGUUGUGGCAGUUGCCCCAGAACUCUUCAUUGACCACUAUUCUCUGAAGAUGGACUGGAUAAGGAAAUUCAUCGUGCGAGGAAGCCAUUACGGGGAGGUGGCUGCCCAUCUCUUUGGUGUGGUAGCCGGCCAAGUGAAGAGUCAACAGGAGUUUGAGAAGGUCAUCUACCAUAUAACAAACAUGAAGAAUUUGCGUGUGGAUAGCCAAGAGAGCUGUGUGCUUGCACUUGGCCACAGUUACGCUUACAAUAUUAACAGCAUGAAGAAGUAUGGAGUCUACUUGGAGGACUGGCCGGCACAUGAGUCUGUUGUUCAGGAGCUCGUUGGUCAGUUGCUGAGUGGGAACAGCCCUAUUCAGAAUGCCUUGGUAAUAUCACUUGGGGAGAUGGCCAGACAGUCCCCCCUUCCUCUGCCUGUUGGUGUGCCUGAAGGAGACAAGAAACCCGUGUCAUCGCUAGCUGUAGUGAAUUAUCUUAUCAAGGUUUUCAAUAACAAGAAACUGCCCUCCAAGGUUCGGGAACAAGCUAUAGCUACCUGUGGGUACUUUUGUGUUGGUCAACAAGAGUUUCCACACAAAAAGAAAGUUUUAGAAGCCCUGCUGGCCUUAGCAAAGGAAACAAAUGAAAUAGAAGUUCACUUUGCUGUUGGUGAGUCGCUGGCUGACUGUGCUCUGGGUACUGAGUCUCCAUCAGCAAGGAACCUGUGGACUGAUGAUGACCCCAUGAAGGAAAAGACCAAUGAAGACCGUGAAGAAAACAUGGAAGAGGGUGGCAGAGAUGAAAAAGAAAAAGACACAGAUGAAGCUAUGGAAAAGGACUUUGUAAAGUCAGAUGAAAAAACUUCACAUACCGUUGAAGAAGCCAUGGACACAACUGAAGGUGAGGGAGCAGUAGUACAUGGAGAAGCUGAGAAAGAUGUUUUAACGUGGCUUUUGGGAGAACUUCUUGAUAAGUAUGUGAGACAGACACAACCAAGUGUGAGACAGGCUACUUGCAUCUGGCUGCUUGCUUUACUGAAGAGAUGCCGCAAGAAACCAAUUAUCCAACAACGACUGUCUGGUAUCCAGCAGGCCUUCAUGAGUCUUCUAGGUGACAAUAAUGACUUAGUUCAAGAUGCAGCCUCAAAAGGAUUAGGUGUUGUGUAUGAAUGUUGUUCUGAAGCUACGAGACAGUCCAUGGUGGAAGGACUUGUUCAGACCUUGACAGAAGGAAAACGCACCAUCCAAAAUGUUACAGAUGACACAAAGAUCUUUCAAGAAGGAGAGAUGGGCAAGGCUCCCUCUGGAGGACAACUGUCAACGUAUCGCGAGUUGUGUUCCUUGGCAACAGACCUCAAUCAGCCUGAUCUUAUUUACAAGUUCAUGAAUCUUGCAAACCAUAACUCUGUUUGGAAUUCUAGAAAGGGAGCUGCCUUUGGUUUUGGGACUCUAGCAUCACAAGCUGGUUCCCAACUGGAACCUUAUCUUCCCCAAAUUGUUCCUAAGCUAUAUAGGUACCAGCACGACCCUACACCGAAGAUCCAGCAACCCAUGGCUGCUAUAUGGAAUGCUCUAGUCACUGAUAAUGCAAAAACUAUUGAAAAGUAUUAUGACCCCAUCCUGUGUGACCUCAUCACCAACUUGACUCACAGUUCUUGGAGAGUGCGUGAGUCAUCUUGUCAUGCUCUCACAGAUCUAUUAAGGAGACAGCCGGCCUCAAAAGCAUUACACCGAAUCACUGAAAUAUGGACAAUACUCUUUAGAGUUCGGGAUGAUAUUAAGGAAUCUGUCAGACAAGCAGCCGAGAAAACAUUACAAGCAUUGAGUAAAAGUUGCAUUAAGGUAUGUGAAGGUACUGGCGAGGAAAGUGAGGAGAUGCUCAAAGAAGUUCUUCCCACUUUGCUAACAUCAGGCAUUACCAGCACUGUGUCUGAAGUAAGAAGUGUGAGCCUACAAACUGUCUCCAAGUUGUGCCGCUCUGGAGGGUCAUUAGUCAGGCCACACCUUGGCACUCUAGUCCCUGCACUCUUGGAGGCUCUCUCGGGACUUGAAUCUCAAGCUCUGAGCUACACUUCUGUGAGGCUAAAUGAUGAUGACCGAGAGAAGUUGGACAUAGCAAGAGUUGCUGCAGCUCGUAGCACACCCAUGAUGGACACACUUAACUAUGUCUUACAAUUUGUAGAUGAAAGUUCAUUGGAAAAAUUAGUUGGAGGUUUGGUAGAUGUUCUCAAGAGCUCUGUUGGUCUCACUAGUCGUGCAGGUGCUGCUCAUGUUGUGGAGACACUGACCCACACUUGCCCAGCACCCUUGGAAAAGUACACAGGGAAGCUCUUGGCUGCUCUAGUUAAUGGUCUGAGUGAUAGAAAUGCUGUGGUACGGAAAGUAUAUGCCAAUGCUAUAGGCAAUCUUGUUAAAACUGCUAAAGCUUCAAGUGUUGAAAAGAUCCUCACUAAGUUACAAACUUGGUACCUGGAGAAGGAAGAUGAUAGUGUCAGGAUGAGUGGUGCUCUUACCAUUCGCAGUAUGCAUGCUCAAAAUAGUGAUAUAAUGAAACAACAUGCCUGCCAAGCAAUGCCAUUGGCAUUUUUAGCUAUGCAUGCUGAGAAAACUAUUGAAGGUGACCCAGGUGGUGUUGAAAUUUGGGAUGAAAUUUGGUCUGAUAACACUCCUGGAACAGAAUCUGCAGUGAGACUUUAUUUAAAUGAGAUUAUUUUGAUUUGUGAACAAGCUUUACAAAAUUCAAAUUGGGCAAUGAAAGCUCAGGCUGGCAGAGCCUUGUCAACAGUGUCUCAGAAACUUGGGCCAAGUAUGAACGAUGCUCUUGUCACGUCCUUGGUCACGCUUCUUAUCAAUAGUCUUCAAGGAAGAACGUGGAUUGGAAAAGAAUCCCUUGUAACAGCACUCUCAAAUGUAGCAAUGCAUACUAAGUCUAUUCUUAGCGCCUUGAAAUACCCAGAUAGAGAUGAACUAUUGGUAGAGGAUGUGGUAAAAGUUCUUACACGUGAAGCCAGCAAGGAAAAGAUGGAAUACAAGAUACAUGCCAUCAAAGCCCUCACAACUGUCCUUGACAAGUACCAGAUUGACAGAUUUGAACAAGUGUUUAACAUUUGUCUUCCAUACUUGACACAUGAUAAGCAAGAACAAGAGGAUGCAGAUGAUGUGGAACGCAACAAAAAAGAAGAAUCAUUGCGGUGGGACCUAAUCGAUGAGAUGGUACACUCAUUAGGGCGUGCCUGGCCCCUCACCAAGGACACCCAAGAAAAAUACAGUGAACAAGUAGUAGAGAUGUUGAACAACAGUGCGUCACGUGUUCCCCGUAAGACACAGCUGAGCAUCGUGGGAGCACUGAAACAUUUCUGGGGUCGACAUUUUCUCUUGCAAGAGCUUCCUGGAUCCUUAGGAACACCUCUCUUUGACCCUCUCUUACACCACUCCUGCAAAAUAUUUAAUUAUUGUUUAGGUGUUGCCAAGUUUUAUAGCCUUCGAAGAGAAUCCCUUGUCGUAUUGAAUGAAUUCCUGGAAAAGGUAAAGGUCUGCGAGACAUUGGUGGUACGACUUCGCAUGGAGCUCUUGUCUGGUGUUGAGGAGGCACGGAGAGAUGCACAACCCGAUGUUCAGGCCCUGGCUGCCUCAGCCCAUCGGAUGCUUCUUUUAGAAUCCAGAGAUUGAAGAAACAACACUGAAAUAUAACAUCUAAAUGGUCUGGGAGUGUCCAGGGAUCAAACCAGCAACCAUUAGGACAGGAGGCAAGAGCAGCAUCCACUCCACCGCUUCACCCCAUCAGUACGGCAUAAGGCACUUCAAAUGUUCUGUAUACCUAUGUGAAAUAAGAUUGUUUGAGGUCUGUUGUAAGUAAUACAUUUUUACUAAAUUACAGACACCCUAGUGAGACAAAGAACUUUAAACUCAAAUUUAACAUUUGAUGAUCAAAUUAUAAUUAUUUAUUGAGGAAUAGAAAUUUUUUUGCAAAUGAGGGAAUAAAAAUCCUUUGAACACAAGGUUCACGAGAGAUGAUUAAGAUACAAAUGCUGUAAUUGUGAAAGCCAGUUAAGCAUGUCCUAUACUACAGUAUUAAUAUUUGUACACAAAUCACUCUUAAGCUUUCUCUUUGUAUAGAUUGCAAAGUGUUCUGAUAGGUAUGAACUAAGUUAACAAAUAAUUACUCAAAAUUUGUUUCUUCACAAACCUCUUUGAUUACUGGAACUUAUAUUGAUCAUUACCUGUACAGCAUUAAACUGAAAAUGGUUGUCAAGACAGCACCUCGGUCAGGAAGAAAGUGUUAUGGUCUUAUAGUCCUUCGGUCUUGCAGUUGCCAUGACAACAUGCUUGCUAUAUAUGAGGCCCCCCCCAAAUCAUAACUUGCGCCAAAAUUUGAAACCAAUUAAACCGCGUUUAAAAUUUUUUGCAACUGCAUAACUUUGUUGUUUUAAUAGAUGGAGCAUUCAUUUUUUAUGCAUUUUGAAGCUAAAGGACUGGACUUGCAGAUGGUAGGUAGCGUGUCAUGAAGUAAUGUACUGGGUUGUUGCAAUGUUGAAUUGAAGCAACAAAACCCCCACCCGCUUAUGGCUUUUUUUACUUUAAUCGAUAUCACAGUGUAGAUCCCGCCACAACAAAAGAGAACCGAGGGAGGGAUUCUACGCUCAUUAGCUGGAGGGGCCAUGACGUAGAUAGCAGAUUCUCACUGUCAUUGGCCGAGACGGGGAGGAGGCUGCUGGCCGUCCGCCCGCUCCUCUCACUCACUGACGGGAAGAGAGCACUUGACUGUGCGAAUGCCAAGCCCUGGAGCCCAUACUUUUCUGUCUGCCACAAAUCGAUGUUACACCCUAUUUUCAAAGGGCUUUCAACCUUAUUUACAGUCUAGUAAGGAGAUCUUAUCCACUAUCAUCGUAUAGAGCUCGGCCGAAAAUUGUGCUUUUCCAACAAAAAACGGGUUUUGCCCGGAUGGUCUGAACGCACCUUACGAUGCGGGGGGCCUCAUAUUAUACUGUAAUAUUCUUUGGUACAUUCAUCUAACUCUGUGACCUCUUAUGAUUGAAAAUAGAUGCAUAUUAACUACCGUAACUCAUUGGUUGAUAAAACAUUAGUCAAAAAGCUCUUACUUGCCAUUAUUAAAUCCUCGGCUAAAAAAUACUGCUAAAUUUAUGCAAAAUAGUUUAAUGAGAAAAAUCAUGCACAUAGUUAUAAAGUUAUAAAUCCAUUUAGGUUUACUACACUUACUUUAAAAAAUUCACACCCUUGUGCAAAGAGUAACGCCCAGAGUUUUAACUGCCCGCUUUCAUUGACGGGUCAUUGUGUUUGCAACCAGUUUAAACAAAUUGAGUCGCAAAGGACACUGCACUACAGUGUUUGAUGGGGAGGUGUGCUGGUAAAAUGAACCAAUUCCGAUAUUAUUAGUUAAUUUUACUCCACGCCUCCCUGUCAGGCACUGAAGUGCAGUGUCCUUUGUGACUCAAUUUUUUAAACUGGUUGUAAACACGAUGACCCCCAUCAGCGGGAGAGGGUGAUUAUAACUCGGGGCGUAAGUGUCACUGUGUAAAUUCAUAAGAUUUGGUAAACUAAUUUCAUCAUCUAAUCAAUUGCCAUUCUUCAGUUAGUGAUUAAAGGGAAUGAUGGAAGAAA